AUGUUGAAGCACUAUAAAAGGAAAUCUCGGCCUCCUAGAUGUACAUUGAAGAUAGACUUAAGGAAGGCUUAUGAUUCCUUGAGUUGGGAAUUUAUUGGUGAUUUACUGAAAGGUCUUCAGUUUCCAGCAAAAUUCAUCACAUGGGUAAUGGAGUGUAUGACUAGUCCUAGUUAUACUUUAUGUAUAAAUGGUGAAACUUGUGGAUUCUUUAAAGGGAGAAGAGGGCUGAGACAGGGUGAUCCCAUCUCUCCCUUAUUGUUUGUGAUUGCAAUGGAGUACCUCACAAGGCUACUGAGCAAGAUGAGUAAGAAGGAAAGGGCUUUAAGGGCUUUUGCUCAGGUGUCAGGACUACAAGCAAACCCUUCAAAGUCAGCUAUUUACUAUGGAAAUGUCAAAGAGGAUAUUCAAGGGAGAAUUCAACAACUUACUGGAUAUUCUAAAGGAAACUUUCCCUUUAGAUAUUUAGGAGUACCUAUAACAGCUAAAAGAAUAGCUGUGGCAGAUUGUGACAUGCUAGUUGAUAGAAUUCUUCAUAGAGUGAGCCUUUUUGUGGGAAGCUAUUGGGAAGUAUAUUUGGCAAGUUCCCAAAAGGAAGAUGUGUUAUGGAUCAAAUGGGUACAUAAUGUGUACCUGAAGCAGACUAAUUGGUGGGAGUAUGAAGCUCCUAAAUCAGCAAGCUGGGUAUGGAAAGCAAUCUGUAAAAUGAAGGAGGUGUUCAAGAAUGCAUAUCAGGAUAAUAAAUGGCUGAAUUCAGUGAAACCUUACACUGUCAAAUAA